AUGAUGAAAUCAAUGAUGAACAAGCACAAUUGGAUGAGUUUCAAAACUGCAAGAAAAUUCUUUUACCAAGAAGCAACAAGCUAUUCAUUCGGAUCAUCAUCAUCAUGUUCCAUCAUUCACCAACAACAACAACAACAACGAAAUUUUCAUUCCGAUCGAAUGAACAGCGCUCCACCCACCAUUAAACCCAUUCAGGCCAAUGAAUUUUACAAAUUUUCAAGAGAUUUUGCCAUUGCAUCUGCAAAAGCCUCCAAUCAAAUCGAUAGUAUAUUCAGAGUGCCAAACAAACAAAAUGAUGCCAAGAAGGAGAAUGCCAUCCGAUCAUACAGUCAAAUGAUGUUAGCAUUGUAUUUGUAUCAUUGGCUUACAACAGGAGGUGAUAAAUUGAAAGAGCCUUCCAUUGCAAAGGCUGUCUCUCUACUGGAUCAAGUGACACCAUUACAAAGUGGGACUGAACAAAAUAUUCAAAUUCGAGAAUUGAUGGCUCGAGAAUUUGCCAAUGCAUUCUCUGCCAAUGAUACUGAGAUUGAACGAUUGAAAAAGAUAAGUGUUGAUGAACGACAAAAUAUUGUGAGGGCAGGUUCCUUACUCAUAGCUUAUCCAUUCCUGAAAGGUCAAUUCACUCGAGAUUUUAUUCAAGAAGCAAACGCUCUUAAUAAUCCUCAAAUCAUUCAAGCCAGUGAUUUUGAAUUGAAAAUUAAUCCUCACAAUAUCAGUGAAUCGUUCAAGGAAGCCACUGAUAAGGUUAAAAGAUUAUCCGAGUUCUUUAUGAAUGAUGUAUUUAAACAAGCUCAACAAGCUAGUUUAACUCAAGAUUCGUUAUUGCAAGAGAAACAUCGAGAUGCCAUCUAUCACUACAAUUAUUUAUUAAUGACCAUUCUGUAUCAGAAACAUAUUCUUGCUCAAAUGACCAAGCUUAAAAAGAAGGACCUUGCAAACAUGUCUCGUGAUGAUAUUUCAUCAUUCAUUGAAGAUGCCUCUGCAGCAGAAUUUGCUAUUGCAAUUUCUGGAAACCCCUAUGACAAGCUUUUAAUGGCAGCUGUGAGUAAUUUGAACAUUCAUGCUGUGUGA